UCUUUUUAGAGUUCAUCCGCACCCCGUUCUCCCGCUCAUUCCCCAACCGCUCAGCUUUCUUUUGUCAUCUUGACUUCAAACUGUUCAACUCCUUUCACACAUUUACCAUCAAGAGACGUCACACGGAAAAAGGACCUGGGAUAUAUAUAUAUGCUAAUUGGUUGUUACAGGACAUAAAGAAGAUCACUUCACCAGAACAGAGUAAAAGAACUUGGCUAAUCCAAUGGAAGACCAAGAGAAGGACUUAUCUUCUACUGGAUUUGGGCCACUCUUUAUCAAAGAAGAAAAGGGGAAUACAGAUGGAAGCAUCGUGGAUCAGAGAGAUGGUAACCAAAACCCCGAAGGGCAAAAUUGCACUGGAAAACCGGGUAAACAAUCAAAGCCAUACAUCCAGGAAAUGGACGUCUUACUGAAAAGUUGUGAAAAGCUUACAGGUAUUCCUUUUAGAUCACGCCACAUUGAAGGUUACUCAGAAGCAAGUUUGAGUAAAUCCAGUUGGAAUCGAGGCAAAGAGGAGGUCCAAACAGAAACCCAUGUCGAAGCACGCAGCUCUACUCAAGACAGCCAUUCCUCCUGCUACAUUGACACAAAUAUGGACUGGACUGAAACAAAAACCGAACAGGCAGAAAGGCAAAACUUAGGCACAGUAAUCCACAGGCAUGGGACGUCUUAUCACUCCGAGAUGCCACUAUCCUCAGUAGGCAACAACCUGAGUGCCAGCAUGCUGGAGUGUGAGGGCCAGCUGUUGGGGAUGUUGGCCAUGCUUGAAAGUUGCAUGGAGGAGGCUGGCAUGGAGUUCGAGCCACAACAUCGGGUAGGAGAUGCAGGCCAAGACUAUGUGCACAUCAGAAAGGAUCCACAACAUCCCACUGGAACAGCCCAGAUGGAGGAUCAGCCAGAGAGCCAAACACUGUUGCCAAUGAAUGCUGAUUCUUUUGGCAAAGGCAAUAAUGCUUCAGAGGCUGGUGAGAUUGGAGAAGCAAUAAAUUCUGCAAGAAAAGGAAGUCCACAUGAUCAUUUGGUUGGUUGCUCAAAGGAGAGACCAGAGAGGCAAAGUAAUCUUGAAGUAGAUCUGAGGCAUGACUUCUUGUUUUCAGAUCUGCAAGUGCCUCUGGAGCAAGCAAACCAAGAUCCAAAGUUCUGUGGGGAAACAAGCACUGGACAAAGGUUCAAUGAAGAGAUUGGGAUUAUAGAAGACAUUGCCAAGGCAGGAGUCGAUGACACAAACAUGACUGAAGAGAGACAUAAAACUGAUCUUGAGUCGGACAUGAAUAGAUUGAGGUCUCAGAUGGAGGACUGCAUAGAGGAGGUGCAGCGGUUAGAGAAACGGAGAAAGGAGUUACUGUUGGAGGUGCUGCGGCUGAGAGGGCCCAGAGACGAAGAGGAAGUGGAAAGGGGAAGCAGGGACGAAAAGGAGACUGAGGAGUCGAUUGACAGAAAAGCCGUGAAGCUGUUCACUAUUCUCAGGACAGAAGAGGAGGGAAGACGAGAGGAGAGAAAAAGGGAGAUUCAAGGCCUCAGGGAAGAGAGGGCAGAGGAAGAGAGGAAGACAUGGAAGGUGAAUCUGGAGAGACAGGGACUGCAAGACGAACUCAGGAAGCUGAGGAGGAAGCUGUUUGCUGUGGCAAGGGACUGUGCCCAGAGUCAGGCAACACUAAACAACCAGCGUUGUGAUAUGGAAUUACUGAAGACGGAGGAGGAAAAGUUGAACUAUUUGGUGUUGCAGCUGACAGAGGAGACUUGCCAACUCAGAUCAGACCAGCAGGAACAAGUGUUGGCACUAGAAGCAGAGCUUCACCGCAGAAGCUCCGGACAGACCUCCAACACUCAGGAGGACCUGACUGAGUGCAGGAGGAAUUCCUGUGGGGAUGUCCAGCAGUACGUCCAGGGUGGACUGAAAGCACUGGAAGACAGAUAUGAACCCAUUUUGGAGGCACUGCUGAAGAGAAAAGAGGCAGCGGCUGGUGCCCUGGUGAAAGCCAAAGAGCAGUCCCAGGAGCUGAGGGUCCAGGUGAAACCUCUGAGGGAGGAGAUUCUGAAACUGCAGCUGGAGAGGACCUGUUUGGAGGAGAGACUCAAACUGACCUACAAGCAGAGGCAGGAGGAUGCAGGUCGCCACAAGGAAGCUGUGCGUUUUCUGGAGGAGAGAAUCCGAGAGCUGAGGACAGAGCUGGAGAUUCAGAAGAGAAAAACAAAGGACAUGGAGGAGUUGAGAGAAAACCUCACCAAGCAGCUCCUGCUUUACAGGACACCAACCGAGGUCCACCACAGCUGUGAUCAGCAAGGAAGACCAUGAGCAUGCUUUUUUUUGGGGUCGGAAAACAACCUUGUCAUUUGUGUUGUAAUUUUGAAUUUGUGAAAGAGAGUGAGCUUCAUAGAUUUCAAGUAUGCACUUUACUCAAAUUGUUUUGCUUGUAAAGGAUGACGCACCAUGUAGGAAGGUUUCUGUUUCGAGUAAAGGUCUGGUGUUUCUUACAGUGCGAGUGCGACUGAUGACUUAAUGUCUCUCUAAAGAACAGAGAGUGCUUCUUAGGCUUAUAAGGGCAAGAUUUUUGGAGAACUAAACAGUGCGGAACAAAUUAAUAGAGUGAGUGCGCUCAGGAAACAAGAGAGCACCAAUGUGUCAGGACAGGCACUCAUCUCUACGAAGCAGAGACAAAGCUUUCGGUCUUCAGUGUUAGAUUAAAGACUUGUAAGCACAUUUGCUGGGUUAGUAAGGUGCUAGUACAGCUCAUAACUACUUAAAUGGAAAUGUGAACAAGUAGGUUCACUGGCUGCUUAAGGAAAUUCAGUAAAAUGUGGACUAUGUGCAACAUUAAAAUGCCACUAGAUGUGUGCUCUGGAUUUUAGCUGGAUGUCCUUGAUGCACAUCCAGCUAAACUAUAGUCAUAAACUCUAGCGUUAGUAGUGCUUAUAUGGAGCUAAAACAGUUUUAUAACUCAAAAAUGCACAGAAUCCUUACCUCAUGUCUGCCUACUUGUCCUUGCAGAGUUGCGAGAUGCGUGUGCUGCCACCUUCGACCCCUGCAGCUUUUUCAGUAAAUCGGAAUUUUCUCUUUCAGUGAUGUCUGUUUAAAAAAAUAAAUAAAUUAGACAAUAAAAUAUUUACAUUUUAACAACA